GGCUUUUCUCGCUCUUUCCAAGUCACAAAAGGCCCCCCUCCGCUUCCUCUAGCGUUGCCUCCUUCCUCCACUUCCGACUCCAAACCGGAACUGGAAGUGCGGUGGGCGGGGCUCGGCGACGGAAAGCGCCGAGGAGCCGAAGCCGGGACUCGGCGGUGGCCCGGGUCGGUCCCGCGCCACGGAGCGCCCGGCUGCGGGGCGGCGCGGCUCGGGGCUGAAGGGCGGCGCGCGGGCGGGUGGGCGAGCGCGGCCCCCCGGGCGCCGUCAUGUCGACAGCCUCCGCCGCCUCGUCCUCCUCCUCGUCUUCUGCCAGUGAGAUGAUCGAGGCGCCAACGCAGGUCCUCAACUUCGAAGAGAUCGACUACAAGGAGAUCGAGGUGGAAGAGGUUGUCGGAAGAGGAGCCUUUGGAGUAGUUUGCAAAGCUAAAUGGAGAGCAAAAGAUGUCGCAAUUAAGCAGAUAGAGAGUGAAUCUGAGAGGAAAGCUUUCAUUGUGGAGCUCAGGCAGUUAUCUCGUGUGAACCAUCCUAACAUUGUGAAGUUGUAUGGAGCCUGCUUAAAUCCAGUAUGUCUUGUUAUGGAAUAUGCUGAAGGAGGCUCUUUGUACAAUGUGCUGCAUGGUGCUGAACCAUUGCCUUACUACACUGCUGCCCAUGCCAUGAGUUGGUGUUUACAGUGUUCCCAAGGAGUGGCUUAUCUGCACAGCAUGCAACCCAAAGCUCUAAUUCACAGGGACCUCAAGCCUCCAAACUUGCUGCUGGUUGCAGGAGGGACAGUUCUAAAAAUCUGCGAUUUUGGUACAGCUUGUGACAUCCAGACACAUAUGACCAAUAAUAAAGGGAGUGCUGCUUGGAUGGCACCUGAAGUUUUUGAAGGUAGUAAUUACAGUGAAAAGUGUGAUGUCUUCAGUUGGGGUAUUAUCCUUUGGGAAGUGAUAACACGCCGGAAACCCUUUGAUGAGAUCGGUGGCCCAGCUUUCCGAAUCAUGUGGGCUGUUCAUAAUGGUACUCGACCACCACUGAUCAAAAACUUACCUAAGCCUAUUGAGAGUCUGAUGACCCGCUGUUGGUCUAAAGACCCUUCUCAGCGCCCUUCAAUGGAAGAAAUUGUGAAAAUUAUGACUCACUUGAUGCGGUACUUUCCAGGAGCAGACGAGCCAUUGCAGUAUCCUUGUCAGUACUCUGAUGAAGGGCAGAGCAACUCAGCCACCAGCACAGGCUCAUUCAUGGACAUCGCUUCUACAAAUACCAGUAAUAAAAGUGACACUAAUAUGGAACAAGUUCCUGCCACAAACGAUACUAUUAAACGCUUAGAGUCAAAACUGUUAAAAAAUCAGGCAAAGCAACAGACUGAAUCCGGGCGGCUGAGUUUGGGAGCCUCUCGUGGGAGCAGUGUGGAGAGCUUGCCCCCGACUUCUGAGGGCAAGAGGAUGAGUGCUGACAUGUCUGAGAUAGAAGCUAGGAUCAUUGCAACCGCAGCCUAUUCCAAGCCUAAACGGGGCCACCGUAAAACCGCUUCAUAUGGCAACAUUCUGGAUGUCCCUGAGAUCGUCAUAUCAGGCAACGGGCAACCAAGGCGUAGAUCCAUCCAAGACUUGACUGUUACUGGGACAGAACCUGGUCAGGUGAGCAGUAGGUCAUCCAGUCCUAGUGUCAGAAUGAUCACUACCUCAGGAGCGACCUCGGAGAAGCCAGCUCGCAGUCACCCAUGGACCCCUGAUGAUUCUACAGAUACAAACGGCUCAGAUAACUCCAUCCCGAUGGCAUAUCUUACACUGGAUCACCAGCUGCAGCCUCUAGCACCAUGCCCAAAUUCCAAAGAGUCCAUGGCAGUGUUUGAACAACAUUGUAAAAUGGCACAGGAAUACAUGAAAGUUCAGACUGAAAUCGCGUUGUUACUACAGAGAAAGCAAGAAUUAGUUGCAGAAUUGGACCAGGAUGAAAAGGACCAGCAAAAUACAUCUCGUCUGGUACAGGAACAUAAAAAGCUUUUAGAUGAAAACAAAAGCCUUUCUACCUAUUACCAGCAAUGUAAAAAACAACUAGAGGUCAUCAGAAGCCAGCAACAGAAACGACAAGGCACUUCAUGAUUCUCUGGGACCGUUACAUUUUAAAAUAUGCAAAGACUUUUUUUUUUUUUUAAGAAAAGAUAAACCAAUAUGACAAUUCAUGAGUGUUAGCUUUUUGGCGUGUUCUGAAUGCCAAAUGCCUCUAUUUGCUGCAUUUGCUAUGUCAUUUAUUUUCUUUUUGUGGUGGAUGUGCAGUCCACUGUCUUGUUGUGUGAGAUAGCACCUGUGUCCUGGAAAGGAAGCAUUCUCGGCUUCAGGCACAUGCAGUGAGCGUGCUGGAUAUGCAUGCUCCUGGUGUGAGCUAGCUGACACUGUGCGAGCAUCGUCCUUUCCUCCAUAGUAAAAGGUGGAACCUCAAGGACUUUCUUCUUAGAGCUCAUCUCAAAAAUCUGCUGUUUUUUCAAAACAUGGUAUGCGCCAACGUAAUGACAGGGUAUUAUAAAUAACUGGUGGUACAUACAGAAAUAUGGGAUGUUUAAGCCGAGUUCAGAGACAGGGUUUUGUGCCAACACUCCUGGAUCAAUCCUAAAUGUAGUUCCAUCUGUUAGUAUUAAAGGUAAGUGGUGGCAGCUGUGUUUAAUGAAAUCAAGUUUAGUGAUUUUUCAUUAGGCUGAGCAUCGUUUAUGCUCUAAGGAUUUUCAAUUGGUGUAGACAGAAGCUUUUCUGUCUUUUAGUGUUCGUAUCAGAGGAAACUGAAAGAACAUGGUCUAGCUUAAAUGAUCCUUCUUAAAACAAUUACCAAAUUCUGUUAGGAUAAUUUGAAGAAAACUGUAAAAAUAAUAGAAACAUAAAUGAUUAGCCCAGCCAAAAAGGCAUGUCUGUUCAUGAUAGCAAAUAAGCAGACAGGUCCGGAGGCCUGAGUAAGGAAGACAAAGUGAAAAUAAACCCGCUUUCUGCAGAUAUUUGGAGAGUUGAUUUCUCUAAGUCCGAUCUGAAAUGACUGCUGCCUUCCCAUGCUUUUAAGAGAAUUUCAACACUUACAAAGAAAAUAUUUAUAUUGUUAACAAUAAGUUUACUACCAACCUUCAGAAUAAUUUAAAGGUAAAUAAUAAAAUACCAUUAAAGAAAAAUCCCUAAGCUCUAUUUUUUCAGUCCAUGUUGCCACCACAUUUUGAAACCAGUCCAAGAAGAAUGUCCUUUAAAUAAGGCUGCCAUUAGUGUUGCUUUUGUAGUGUUCAUGUUUAUAAAGAAAGCACUUGGGAACUGAAAGCAUGAUCUGUGUGUGGUCCUUAGACGUCUAUGGUGUUCCUGCUAUGUUUCAGAUGAGCACAAGAAGCUGUCUAAACUCUUCCUAAAAUGCUGAAGCAAGUAAUGCUUCUCCCAUUACUUUUUCCUCUCUGGAGUUUUAUAACAAAUCCCUCUGUAUAUGCAUAAAGGUAAGGGACAGUAUAUAGUACCAUGUGCCUUCUUCAAUACCUGUUACUAGGAUGCCCCUGGGAGCUAAGUGUCUUCUUUCACUUAAAGGUUGUCGUUCCCAAAUUCUUUCAGGUGAAAUUAGUGUUAACCUCAUCAUUACUAGUUGAAAUAAAUAUGACAGAGAAGAUAAGGUAGCUGUAGACUGAGACAAAAAUUAUCUGUAUUGUCGUAUGCAGUCACUUGAUAAAAAGUAUUCAAACAGGUAAAUGGAAGAAAAUGCUAAAUUUACUCAGACCAAUGGCAAAAGACUGUUACACAGUUGCUUGUUAUGGUCAGUUCCCUGGGGCUUCCAAUACUGUAGUGGUCCUGAACAGCCUUAAGUAAGUGUAUUGCCACACUCAGACUUUUUUUAAAGUUCUAACUAUGCCUGAAGAUGAAACUGACACCAUACAUACUUGAAAUCCAUACCAGUUUACUCAGUGUCUCUAUCCAUAAAACCAUCAAAUAACCAAGGUACCAAGGAAUAGAUGUGUAACUUGUUCUAACGUUUAUUCAAGCCUCACUUUUUGGGUGGAAGUAUCAAAUAGACAGGUUUGCUAAAUGAUGCCCAAGAAUCAGACAGUCCUUACACAGAACUACUGGCAUUUUGUUCUUGUUUCCAGGAAAGGAAGCUAAGAUUAUGUAAUGUGGAGGGAAAUACUCAUCAGUAAAACUGUGUUCAGGGUUGGAUAAGAGUCAGUUAAGAAUGUUACCCUGCAUGCAGAAAAGGUCUCCUUAAAGUUCUUUACAAAUGGCCGAGUAUUUUUUAAAGUAGCAAAAGUCUUUUUCCUUCAGAUUUCUAUCAUGUCAAUCUCUUGCUGCAGCCAGAGAUCACAGGUGGACUUGUUUUCUCGUGUGUGUGUGUGUGUGUGUGUGUGUGUGUGUGUGUGUGUGUGUGUGUGUGAGAGAGAGAGAGAGAGAGAGAGAGAGAGAGAGAGAGAGAGAGAGAGAUGAACUCCUCUCUUCAAAUGCUAGUAAGUUCUCCCUUUACUCCUGUCAUUCAGAAAUUUCUUGUAAAAUGAUGUGAUGCAGAAACUCUUGUGCAUAUGAUGUAACUGAAGGCAGCUUUUUCCAUUCAUUUUUGUUUCUAAUAAACUUGAGACUGCUA